AUGAAGCCCACCGAGAAGGGCCCUUGGUGCGCAACAUCCAAGGUGUCCGCCACGUGUGUCCAGGCACAGAUCCAGGAUUUCAAAGAGGUCUUCAGCAUGACUGAUCAGAAUCGAGACAGCUACACUGACAAGGAGGAUCUGCGUGACAGGCUUGAAGCCACGGGCUUCAUUCAGGAGGACCAUCUGCAAGAGCUGCUGACAACCAUGGGGGACCACUUUAAAGACAAGCUAGUGGACAAGCUCUACAGAGAAGCUCCUGUUAACAAAAAGAGGACUUGCAAUUACAUCAAGUUCACUUGUAUCCUUAAACACUGA